UUGACUUUGCGCCGUCGCCGGGCCUUCUUUUACUUUUCGUGUCAGAGUGCAGAUAGACAGACAGACCAUCUCGCGCAGCAGCAGCAGGAUGAACGCAGCACUGUUAUCCCUGAUCCUCUUCGUAGCCUGCGCCGCAGCAGCGCCAGCGGAUCCGCAGGUGAUUCCGAUCGUGAGCCAAACGCAGGAGGGACCUAAUCCCGACGGCUCGUACAAGUGGGCCUACGAAUCGGGCAACGGCAUCAAGGCUAACGAAGAGGGCCAGGUGAAAAACGCUGGCUCGGAGAACGAGGCUAUGCAGGCCCAGGGCGCCUUUAGCUACAAGGGUGACGACGGCGUCGACAUCGCCAUGACUUACAUCGCCGACGAGAACGGCUUCCAGCCCCAGGGCGCUCAUCUGCCGACGCCACCACCCAUUCCUGAGGCCAUCCAAAGGGCGCUCGAAUGGAACGCCGCACAUCCCGAGCAGGACGGCGAGAAGGCGUAAGCUCGAUCCUCGAUCUGCUUAAUGGAUCGUCGUGAAUGUCGAGAGACGCGAUCUUCGCUGGAUUGGAUUGGUCGAUCGCGCGCGGAAAUUCGGUUACACGAGUAUCAUUGACGUACUCGAUAACCCGAUCUCACAGUCAUCUAUAUACACUAAUUGCUGCUUCUUCUUACUUUUAUUUUAUUCCUGUUGGACGUUGCGUUCGAAAUUUUCCGGAGAGUGAUUUUUUUUAAGUGUCGUCGAGACCUGGUCCGGUACAAAUUCAGUGAGGUUGGAAAAUGGGCCAUGUGAAGUUGGAUUACUAUAUGUGCGUCGCGGGAAGACAGUGCAAAGAAGCGCGGAUACGAAUGUCGGAUAGACUCUUGUAUACGGUGGUUCAUAUACCAGUGAUUGAGAAUCAAUUAUUCUAAAUAAAUAUAUGUGAACAUUUGCAUGGUCGAUUUUCUACAAAUUAUCCACCUGAUAAAUCUAUUCUACUAUUUAGACACAAUCAACUCUUAAAGCAUUCUUUUUUUACGAAGUGAUUUCUAUACGCAUAGUGUUAGUAUCUAACACUAUAAAAUGAGCAUGUGUGGCGGGUACAUAAUAUUCUCAGAAAAUUCUUUAAGCAGCCAUUAUGAAAGCACUUAGCCUGCGUAAUCACUCAAAAAAGUAAACAAAAAAAAAAGCUAAAAGCAAAAGUUCUAUUAGCUCGUUUAUUUAUUCAUCCUCACUUUCUAAUUAUAACUUCCCGAAGAAUUUUGUAAACUUUGUAGUUACUGCAUGAAGAUUGACUAACACUUUUCUCACUUUUUUUUUCUUUACGCGCACCAAUAAUAACACGGGACGGAAAAAAUGGAAAUCAAUUAUUGAUCAAGCUUUUAACUUCACUGGCCAACGUCAACGGACUUGCGUCAAAACUCACUUUAUCUACAUACUUAUUACUUAUACUCCCGCUUGUCUAUUCAAAACUUUGUACAUACUACUUUAUACAUUAUAUUUUAUUACCGAAACUAUAAAAAUGUACUUAUAAUUAAUAUAUAUUGCAGAUGUAUAUUACUCUAUUUUUGUAUCGUAUAUUUUACUCUACGCAUAUAUGUAUCACUGUGCAUUACUCGAUAAAAAUAUCAACGUAUAAUAUAACAUAUAGUACAUAUACGCGCACUCUAUGAGUAUAUAUGACAUAGAUGAGCGUGAAUAUUAUUGCGAAGCAUUCGCUCAAUACGAGCGCGAAAAGCAGAAAAAAAUACAGGCGUAUAACGAGCGGUAGCUUUAUCUACACUUUCUUUUAUACAGAUAUAUAACCUAUGACACAGCGCAUGGUACUGUAAUUGUAUAUUCAUAUGAAAUAAAACAAGUUGCAUC